AUGUUCGAACGCUCCCUCUCAGCCCUCAUCAAAGGUCUCCGUUCCCACCGCGGGAAAGAUGAACCCAAAUAUGUCGCCCUCAUCCUCGACGAAAUCCGUCACGAAGUUCGUUCUGGCGAUCUCCAAGUCAAAGCCGAAGCCAUUCUGAAACUAACCUACCUCCAAAUGCUCGGUUACCCCUUUUCCGGCGCCAACUUUCAUGUGCUUGAAACCAUGGCUUCUUCCAAAUACCAUCAUAAACACGUCGGCUACCUAGCUGCUGCCCAAUGCUUUUCUGCCGAUACAGACCUUCUCAUCCUCUCCACCAAUAUGAUCAAAAAGGACCUCCAGUCCUCUUCACCCCUUGAUGUAGCGGUUGCGUUGAAUGGGCUAUCGCACAUCGCAACCCCGGAUCUAGCAACUCACUUGGGUCCCGAUGUGAUAAAGUUACUAACGCAUAGCAAAGCGAUCGUAAGAAAGAAAGCAUUAUUAGUGCUCUAUUCCUUGAUCAUCAAGAGUCCAGAUCUGCUCGAGACUAGUUGGGAGAGGUUAAGGGAGAAACUGGAAGAUGUGGAUUUAGGAGUCGUUUCGGCAGCGGUGAAUAUUGUAUGUGAGUUGGCCAGGAGGGAUGCUAGGCCCUUCUUGCCGUUAUCGCCGCAAUUGUUUAGCUUGUUGACGACGAGUACGAAUAAUUGGAUGCUCAUCAAGAUCAUCAAGCUAUUUGGAUCUUUGACGCCCUUAGAACCGCGGUUGGUGAAGAAGUUGGUCCCGCGGAUAACGUCGAUUAUUUCUACAACUCCAGCUAUGUCGUUGUUGUACGAAUGCAUACAUACCAUCAUCAUUGGUGGGAUGCUAGCUCAACCUGGAACUGGUGACGAACUUGCCUAUGUUUGCGUCGAAAAGCUUGCUGGCUUUCUGACGGAUACGGAUCAGAAUCUUAAAUACAUCGCCCUACUUGCGUUGGUUAAGAUUCUACCGACGCAUCCUGCCUUGGUUGCCGAGUACCAGGAGGUGAUAUUCGAGAGUAUAGAGGAUGAGGAUUUGAGUAUCAGGUUGAGGGCCUUGGACUUGGUUAGUGGAAUGGCAGUCAGGAGGAAUCUGGAGAGUAUUGUUCAACAGUUGAUGUCGCAUUUGGAACCUCGCACCUCUUCUCAAGCCCUGGGUGGCGCAGCUGCCGCUCUGAAAGCAAGUCUAUCUGCUGUUGGAGCGGGAGCGGAUGCUGAUCCUACAUCAAGCUCUCUUGCUGCGAUCACAAGUGCAAACAACGCAACUCUUUCCCCCUCUUACCGGCUCGAAAUCGUCCAACGCAUCCUAGCGUUGGGAAGCUACGACACAUAUGCAAACGUCAGCGAUUUCAACUGGUACCUCGAUACACUCUUACAUCUCUCUACCCUCUCCAAUUUACCCGAUGCGAAUAGGGUGGGGUCGAAGAUCAGAGAUCAAUUAAUCGAUAUCACUGCAAGAGUGAGGGCUAUCAGACCACACGCAGCACGGAAGAUGAUAUCCGUUCUUCGCGAUGGUCGCCUUCUGCCCCCUUCUUCACCCUCUUCCUCGGCUGCUGCGUGGGAAGGGGAAGGGGAAGGGGGAGUGGGAGGGGAAGACAUGAAAGAAGCCCGUAAAGUUCUUCACGCCUGCGCCUGGAUCUUGGGGGAAUACGCAAUCGAUCUCCCCUCUUCACCCUCUUCCAUCCUCCCCCUUCUUCUGCAACCGCAGAUCUUCGACGCGAGGAUAUGCGAUCCAAGUACAGCAGCAGCUUGUGUCCACGGCGCAGUGAAAAUGUACGCCUUCUGGGCCUCUUACCUCUCUUCACACUGGAGUGAUGAUGGUAAAAACCGGCCAGCAGAAUUGGCUGAAUUGCUCCAAACAUCCAAAGAACUCGCUAGACAGUUGCAAGACAUACCACCAAGAACUAUGCAUCCCGAGCUUGCCGAACGAGCUGUUGAGUACCAACAACUCUUCCUCCUCAUCCAGAAAGAUCUUGACUCCUACAUCCACCCUGAAACAGCCAACCAGGCGGAGAAAAUGCAACAUGUUCCUCCCAGAAGUUUAGACCUUCUCUCGCCAUUGUUUUUCAACCAUGCCUUGGGUCCUUUGGGUGCUAAUGCCCAGUCCAAGGUUCCUGAGCCGGUCCAUGUUGAUCUGCACUCCUCCAUUGUUCCUACGGAGAGCUAUGUUGUGUUGGACAGUAUCCAUUUCGGCUCUUUUCCAGAUCUGGUUGAUGAGCCAUCUCAAAUCUUGACCGCUUCCCCCCUGGCUUCAGCAGCAAAGACAAGCAGGAAGCAGAGAGAAGCAAGCUUGCCCAAACAGAGAGAAGAUGCGUUUUACAUUGUCGACUCUGCUGUACGACGGACAGGUAGGAAGGGAAAUAAGGAGGAGGAGGUGCAAGUGCAAGAGCAAGUGCAAGAGCAAGAUGUGGAUAAGAUCCCCAUUGUUCGUUUGGACGAGCUUUUAAUUGCAGACAAAAAGACCGAAGGCAGCAAAGUUCAAGUACCCGUAUUAGAACAAGAAGAAAUGCCAGAAUGCAUACUAGCAGUUAGGAGGAAGAAGAAAGUCAAAACCCCCGCCCUUCAACACGAACAUGGAGAUGCAGUGACGAAAGUAGUACGGGUGAAGAAGAAAGAUGCUGGUAGUGGCAAGAAAAGUGUUUCUGGUGUUGUUAUCGACUGA